UUCAUUUGCUGUCGAACAGCGGCCGUGUCAAGUACAGCAAGAAGAGGCAGCGCUCGCGCGCUUUCGAGCAGCAUUCGAACACGUUGCCCCACACAGCAACGGCCCCGCUCGUCGCGUAACCGUAACGUAAGCGCAUUACAAAACAACGGCAGCAGCGUCAUCGCGUCGCUAUUUUGUCAACGUAACCAGCGCGUUUAUCGUUUUUGCAAGUGUGUGCUUCUGUGUGUGUGUGCAUGUUUAAUUUGCUAAGCAUAAAUUUAAAAUCAGCUAAGCCCAAAAGUGAAGUGCCGUAUAGCAUAAAAAAAAAACAUAUUUGUUUGGCCCGCGCGAUAUGUGUAAAACCCGUCUGUGGGUUACGUAAAGCCGAGCCGUUGGGUUCUUACAAAACAAAAAAGCAAAAAGCAAAGGCAAAAGUUACGCGCACGCCUCGAGAAAAAAAAAGAAUAAAAACGGCACAACAAAAUAAAAAAUUUAGAAGAAAAAAUUGAGCAAAGAAUUUUUGCACUGUUUUGUUGUUGUCUCGCGUGUGGCAAUAAAUUUUGACACAAAAGAAUUUAUUGUGUGUGAGUGUCUGUGUGUGUGCGAGUGGCUGCUUAGACAGGAGGCGCGGUCGUGCAGUACAAGUAAAACAAGAAGAGGAAGAAGCAGCACCAGAAUCAGCAGUUGUCAAUGCGACAGAUGCCAAACCGAGCGCGUCGUCGCUUCCGCUGACCCAACACCAAACGCCCAACAUCCAACACGAGCAGCGCCAGCAACAAAUAACCAACUCCAGUCACUGUCAAACUGCGAAGGGCAACGCACGCGUCGUCGCUCUCAAAAAUAAAAAUCAAAUAAAAUAUAUUAAAUAUAUAUACGUACAUAUAAAUCCAUGCAUAUAAGCAAAUUAAUUUAAUAUUUUUGGUGCCAGUUGCUGAUAUGAAGAGCUCAAGUGAAGUGCAUAAAAUACAAAAAAUUAGCAUGACAAAAAGGCAACAACAAUAAGUGUAACAAUAACAACAAUUAAACACAUUCAAGGCAACAAAACUCAACUUAAUAAAUAUAAAAAGAAAAAGGAAGAGAAAAAGCAAAAAGAAAACGGUUCAUUAGCAGACGUCGCGUCGACGUCGUCGUCGUCGUCGCAGUCGCAUACGUGACAACGGCCAGCUACACAGCACAACAACACCAACAACAACAACAACAGUAACAACAACUGCAGCAGCAACAGCAACAGCUGUCAGGAUGCCGCUCUCCCAGGGCUACUACAUGAAGCCCUCGCUGGCCACCAAACGGGCGCUGAAAGCGCUGCGCAAGGAGAAUCAACAGCAACAACUGCAACUGCAACUGCAGCAGCAGCAGCAGCAUCAACAACAGCAGCAGCGGCAGCAGCUGCAACACUUGGGCGCUGCUGCACGGCCGCUGUCCAGCUCAACGCACACGCUGCACGCGCUGCUGCUCAACAACAACAACAACAACAGCAGCAACAACAGCUCGCAGCAGCUGUCCUUUCUGCUGGGCGAGUCCUUUGCCCGCUUGGGCAGCCUGGCGCAGGCUUUCAAUGUGUACGAGCUGAUUGCCAGCCUGCAGCCGGACGGACACGUGCCGCUGGACAAGCUGGCGGUCCUGGCCAGCGCUCUGACCGCGCACAUACGCCAGCUGGGCGGCGUGGGGGGCUUGCCGUCGGCCAGCCAGGCGCUGGAGUCGAGUCGCAAGUCGAGCUACCAGCGGAUGCUGCAGCAUGUGGACAAUUGGAGGGCGCAGACGCUGGCUUUGGGGCUGUUGCCGGAGACGGAUUUGGAUUUGCAUGCGCCGACGCGAGAACUAGGCGUGCCGAGUCCGGCGCUGAGCGAGGAUUACGAUCCGCUGCUGUGCCCGCUCUGUGCGGACAUGCUGCGCGCUCCGGUGACGACCAAUUGCGGGCACACGUUCUGUGGCCAGUGCUGCGAGACGAUCACGCAGUGCAACAUCUGCCAUGUCAAGUUUCCGCGCAGCGCCGAGCGUCUGCCGCAGGCCAUGGCCUUGACCAGCACCACCUCCUCAUCCUCAUCCUUCUCCGCCUCCAACACCAACAGCAGCAGUCUUGGCCUCGGCCUUGGACUUGCCAGCUCAUCGACGCGCUUCAUGCCGGGCCUGCCGCCCGCGCCGAUCAGCAGCAGCUUUCCCCAUGGCCUCGGAUUGCGUCUGGCUGUGCCCGCGCCCACCACGGUGACCACCACAACGGUGGCUUCGACCACGGCAACGGCCACAACGACCAUGGCCUCCGGUAGCGCCGCGUCCGCCCUGGUGGCCGGCAUGGGCGGCUAUGCGCUGGGCGGCGUCACGCCCACCAAGUUCAUGCCGGACGUGCUCGUCAGGCGUCUGGUGGAGAAGUGGUGGGGCGCCGAGCUGCAGGCCAAGAAGAUCAUCGAGAAGGCCACCAGCUGCAUGCAUCUCAAUCGGCUCGACGAUGCGCUCAAGUUCUGCAAUGCCAGCCUCGACAAAGCGCCGAGCAACUUCAAGAGUCUCUGUCUGCGCGCCGAGGUGCUGCUGAAGCUGAGCCACUAUCAAAGCUCCUUGGCGGAUAUUGAGAAUGCGCUGCGCACGCGCUGCACAUCGCCCAAGGCACACUAUUUGCGCGCCUUGGCGCUGAGCGGCUUGGGCCGACUGGAGGAUGCCCUGUACAAUGGCUUUCUGGCCAUUUGCCUGGACAAAAACACAAAUCUCAGCAACUCGGAAAUCUUUCAACAUGAUCUCGCCAAGAUACUGCAACGUCUCCUGGCCCAAACGCCCAAAAGUCGCGCAGCGAUUGAGUCGCUGCCGCCGUUGGCUGCGCAGCAGCAGCGCAGCUAUGCCGUCGCCGCCAAGCCGCCGUACGCUCUGCUCUGGGAGCAGAUGCGCCGGCGCAGGAAACAGCAUCAUCAUGUGCACCUGGACGAUGUGGAGGAUGAGUUCGGUCUGAGCUGCGAGAAGCACUACGACAACUACAUCAUGGCCGACGAGGAGGAGGACGAGGUCGAGGUCGAGGUGGAAGUGGAGGAGGCGGAGGCGGAAGAGGCUGCCGCCCAGCUGCAAAUGGACGGCGACUUUCUGUUCCCCAGCGCCCUCGACUAUAUCGAUCAGCGCGAUGUCUACGAACAGCUGAGCGCCAAGCAGUUCGAGCUGCAGGCGCGUCGGCAUGCCAAUCGCAAGCAUUGCCGCAGAAAAUGGGCAGCGGCCCAGGCCCAGGCGGGGCAGCUGCCACAUGUGGCAGCCAGCUGCGAGACGCGACGCUGCAGCCGCCUGCUGAGCGGCGUGCUCGAGCGCACGCAGCUGGAGAUGCAGCGACUGAAAAAGCUCGAGGGCUCGGAGCAGCGGCAGCUGACCGCCGUUGGGGGCCAGCUGAUCGAUGCGAGCGAUUUUGAUUGCGUGCUGUGCUGCCGGACGCUGUGGAAGCCGGUGGUGACGCCGUGUGGACACACCUACUGUCUGGUAUGCUUGGAUCGUUGCAUGGAUUACAACUCCUCGUGUCCAUUGUGCAUGUCACCACUUGUGGAACUAAAUGUCAAUAAUAAUCUGUAUCAGGGCUCAUCCUCGCCAGUACCCUUUGCGCUGGCCAAGCGGCCAGUUACGAAAUUCCUAGAAGCCGCAAUGAAACGAUUCAUUCCAGACCACUACGAGGCGCGCUUCCGCCAGGAAAUCGAUCAGGAGCCCUCGGUGCCGGUAUUCAUCUGCACCGCGGCCUUCCCAUCGGUACCCUGUCCGCUGUUCGUCUGUGAUCCCCGCUACCGGUUGAUGGUGCGGCGUGCCCUCGAGUCCGGCGACAAGACGUUCGGCAUUGUCCAGCCGCACAGCGGCAAAUCCCGAUACUAUGAUGUGGGCACCAUAUUGGAUAUAAGGGAUUGUGUCCUGCUCGGCGACGGUUGCUCCAUACUGAGCACCAUUGGCUGCAAGCGCUUCAAGAUACUUGCGCGCAGCGAAAAGGAUGGCUACGAAACGGCCAAGGUGGAGUAUAUAUGCGAUGAGCCCAUUGCCAUCGAUCAGGUUCAAUCCGUCGCCGCGAUGCAGUCCCUGGUGCUGGCCAAGGCGACCGGCUGGUUCGAGAGCCUCAGCACCGAGCAAAAGCACGAGAUACUCCAAAGCUAUGGCCAGAUGCCGCCGCUGGAGCACAGCUGGCAGCUGAUCGCCGACGGGCCCGCCUGGGCCUGGUGGAUCAUUGCCCUGCUGCCGCUCUCCCAGCAGCUGAAGGUGGACAUACUGGGCACCACGUCGCUAAAGAAGCGUCUGCGUGCCAUUGACAAGACGCUCGACUAUCUGCGCGAACCGCAGCCGCAGCAGCAGGCGCCGCAGCAGUCGCCGCAGCAGCCGCACGAUCUCAGCCUGGACUGCGAGGAGCAGGUCGCCGACGAGGCCGCAGCCGGUGUCGGUGUGGACGAGUGCUGCCUGUACGGCGAGUCGCACACCGACGAGGAGCUGCUGCUGUAGUGCAGCCCGUUUAGCUGUACCUCCAGCAGUAACUGUAGCAGUAGCAGUAGCUGUAGCAGUAGCUGUAGCUGUAGUUGUAGUAGUUGUAGUGAGUGUGAAAAGCGUUUCUCAAUAUGGUUAAAGCAAGCGUAAAUUCUGUGUCUAAGCCAUUCGUAUUACACGUUACUGUUAUCCUAGGGGCCAAAACGAAAGAUAUAAUAACUUAGCAGAACCAAAUUAUCACUAGAUGAAACUGUAUAACUGUAACUGUAACUGUAACUGUAACUUAGAACUGUAAACUGUAGCUGUAAAAUGUAAACUGAAAACUGUCAACUUUAAAGAUGUAAACUGAAAACUGUAAACUUUAAAAGUGUAAACUGUAAACUGAAUGUGUGUAAAAGUUGAACUUCGAUGUGUAGCUUAUGAGAGAGAUUUAUAUAUAUAUAUAUAUCUAUAAGUAUGUAAUAUAAUACACAUACAAUCAAAAGUCGCCCCUUACAAUCUAGAGAGCCCCCUAAUUUCUUGUUGAAACCAAAAAAAAAAGAAAAAAAACGAACCACAUUCCACAAUAUGAAAAAGAACAUAAAUCUUUGUACAGCAAAUACUUCUCUGCAGCAAAAAGUAUCUUCAACAACAACUCAUGGUUUCUACAACAAAACACACAAAUUUUAAAAACAAAUUAAACAACAAACAAUACCCAAAUUUUGUAAAGGCCAACGACAUACACUGCAAGAAAAAAGUUAAAUAAAAAAAAAAGAAGAGAAGUAGCUGAAGAAAACUCGACUCAAAUGAAAAAAAAAUUGCAACUUUUCUGGAGCAAUUUUCAACAACAGAUUAAAUUGAAUAUAAGAAGAAGAGCAGAGAAAACUCUUUUGGGAGUAUUUCUUGAUUUAUUUUUAGUAUAAGCGGCUGGAACUAUAAGACAAUCUGCAACAUUUUUUUCUUAUUUUGUAUAACUAAAAGAAAUAUAACUAUAAAUAAAAGAGUAUAAAUAAAAUAUGAACUAGGAGCAGCUCAUAA